ACUGUCCUAGUGCUCCACCGGAUCUUGCGAAGUGCAGCCAGGAAGCUCCAUAGAAUCCACGUCGCCAAGAAGACUCUCAGCUCCAAACCAGUCUACCAGCCCGACUCGUGUCUCAGGGUGGCCGGGCACUUCGACCAAACACUACCCGCAGACGUGGAACCAUGGUAAGGAAAUGAAAACAUAGAUUUAGAAUGAAGUGCAACAUAGAUUUCGAGUGAAAUGCUUUAUAAAGAUCCGCCGCCGCUCAGGCCAGUCGUUUAAGGCUAUUAUUUUGGGGGGAGGUGUGUUGCUUUUUUUUAACGAUUGCUACCCUAUUGAAAACACAUCCAAUGAAUUAACCUAUGCCUGGCUAGUUGUGAAUGAUCGAGUAUUUGAAGAUGUUGCAGAAACUCGAGAAAUGGCAACAGUGUAACAAAAACAAUAUGGUAUUCAAAAGAGUCAGGAAGUCUCCGAUCGAUUGGUUACUAAAUAUGCUAGUAGUUCAAUCUGCAACUUUAUAUAACGACUUUCUUCUAAACUACUUUAUCGCAAAUGGCUACCGCCUGAGCAUUUCCAGACCAGAGCGAAUUAUUCAUGCACCUCAAAUGUGGUGGAAUGCGCUUCAGUAAACAGACACGCCCCCAUAUAAACCAACCCUACAAGGUGAACAGUUGACUUGGUUCCACUUUGCCACUUUGUGAAAUGUUGUAUCUACACCAGGACUACAAUUGUAUAGCUGUUAGGGGUCGGAUACACUUAGUUUUAUUGAUAAGCAUAAUCAGAAUAAUUUUAAUAGAUGUAAAAAGUAAAUAAAACAUUUAAAGGUAAGUGUAUCUGACCUGUCUCUAUAAAAAUAUACUCAAAUCUGGUCUCUGUCAAAGUUUUAUUUCUUGUUCCCGUUCAACUGAUCUGCAUUUACAUAGGAGUAAAGAGUAAUCUGGUUAGUAUCAAUACAAGAUACUGUGUCUAGUAUUGAUAAAGAUAAAACCCUCCCGAGUGGCUCAGUGGCCUAAUCCUGGUUCGAAUCCAGGCUCUGUCGUAGCCGGCCGUGACCAGGAGACCCAUGGGGCGGCGCACAAUUGACCCAGCGUCGUCCAGGGUAGGGAGCGUCUUCCAGGGUAGGGGAGGGAAUGGCCGGCAGGGAUGUAGCUCAGUUGGUAGAGCAUGGCAUUUGCAACGCCAGGGUUGUGGGUUCGAUUCCAGUAUGAAAAAAAUGAAAAUGUAUGCACUCACUAACUGUAAGUCGCUCUGGAUAAGAGCGUCUGCUAAAUGACUAAAAUGUAACUGUAAAUGUAUUGGUUAAAUUAGGAGUCAGAGGUAGAUUAUGACUUAAUAUAUUGGGUUCUCUCUCCCUCUGUCCAUCUCAGCCUCUCCGGUUAGACAUCAAGCGGAAGCUGACCGCUCGGUCAGACCGUGUGAAGAGUGUGGACCUGCACCCAACUGAACCAUGGAUGGUUGCCAGCCUGUACAAUGGCAGUGUCUGUGUCUGGAACCAUGAGACACAAGUAAACAACAUUCAUUCUCAUUUAAUUUGUUAGGAUUCAGGGCUUAUUCAUUCAUUCAUUCAUUGUACACCUUGCUGCACAUUAUGUUCUUGAGGGAAAUAGGAAUGGAUUCUUUCUCUAUGACAAUGAUAACCAUGAUGCUGAUGCUUCGUUUGAAUCUCAUGUCUGUGUAGACCCUGGUGAAGACAUUCGAGGUGUGUGACCAGCCUGUGAGAGUGGCUAAGUUUGUGGCGAGGAAGCACUGGGUCAUCGCUGGAGCAGUAAGUGUUAUAACAACCUUAUAACUGCUUAUAAUGCAUCUAUCUGUCCUAUUCUAUUCAGAGUUUUUCCAUAUCUCUCUCCCUGAAUGCUGCAAUACUUUUCCAUUUUUACCUUCUCCACCCUCUCUCACUACACCUUCUCCUCCCCUUCACUCUCGCUCUUCUCGGGUCCUCCCCAGGAUGACAUGCAGAUCCAUGUGUUUAACUACAACACUCUGGAGAGAACUCACAUGUUUGAGGCCCACUCUGACUACAUCCGCUGCAUCGCAGUCCACCCAACACAACCUUACAUCCUUACCAGCAGUGGUAUGUUGUCUCUCUCUCUCUCUCCCUCUCUCUCCCUCUCUCUCUCUCAAUUUAUAUAUAUAUAUAUAUAUAUAAAUUAGUACCAGUCCAAAGUUUGGACACACCUACUCAUUCAAGGGUUUUUCUUUAUUUUUACUAUUUUCUACAUUGUAGAAUAAUGAAUAAUAGUGACGACAUCAAAACUAUGAAAUAACACGUAUGGAAUCAUGUAGUAACCAAAAAAGUCUUAAACAAAUGAAAAUAUAUUUUAUAUUUGAGAUUAAUCAAAUAUCCACCCUUUGCCUUGAUGACAUCUUUUCACACUCUUGGCAUUCUCUCAACCAGCUUCAUGAGGUAGUCACCUGGAAUGCAUUUCAGUUAACAGGUGUGCCUUCUUAAAAGUUAAUUUGUGGAAUUUCUUUCCUUCUUAAUGCGUUUGAGCCAAUCAGUUGUGUUGUGACAAGGUAGGGGGGUAUACAGAAGAUAGCCCUAUUUGGUAAAAUACCAAGUCCAUAUUACGGGAAGAACAGCUCAAAUAAGCAAAGAGAAAUGAUAGUCCAUCAUUACUUUAAGACAUGGAGGUCAGUCAAUACGGAAAGUUUCAAGAACUUUUAACGUUUAUUCAAGUGCAGUCGCAAAAACCAUCAAGCGCUAUGAUGAAACUGGCUCUCAUGAGGACCGCCACAGGAAUGGAAGACCCAGAGUUACCUCUGCUGCAGAGGAUACGUUCAUUAGAGUUACCUGCCUCAGAAAUUGCAGCCCAAAUAAAUGCUUCACAGAGUUCAAGUAACAGACACAUCUCAACAUCAACUGUUCAGAGGAGACUGUGUGAAUCAGGGCUUCAUGGUCGAAUUGCUACAAAGAAAACCACUACUAAAGGACACCAAUAAUAAGAAGAGACUUGCUUGGGCCAAGAAACACGAGCAAUGGACAUUAGAUUGGUGGAAGUUUGUCCUUUGGUCUGGAGUCCAAAUUGGAGAUUUUUGGUUCCAACCGCCAUGUCUUUGUGAGACGCGGUGUGGGUGAACGGAUGACCUCUGCAUGUGUAUUUCCCACCGUAAAGCAUGGAGGAGGAGGUGUUAUGGUGUUAACCAGCAUGGCUACCACAGCAUUUUGCAGCAAUACGCCAUCCCAUCUGGUUUGGGCUUAGUGGGACUAUCAUUUUUUUUUCAACAGGACAAUGACCCAACACACCUCCAGGCCAUGUAAGGGCUAUUUAACCAAGAAGGAGAGUGAUGGAGUGCUGCAUCAGAUGAGCUGGCCUCCACAUUCCCCCAACCUCAACCAAAUUGAGAGGGUUUGGAAUGAGUCGGACCGCAGAGUGAAGGAAAAGCAGCCAACAAGUGGUCAGCAUAUGUGGGAACUCCUUCAAGACCGUUGGAAAAGCAUUCCAGGUGAAGCUGGUUGAGAGAAUGCCAAGAGUGUGCAAAUCUGUCAUCAAGGCAAAGGGUGGCUAUUUGAAGAAUCUCAAAUAUAAAAUAUAUUUUGAUUUGUUUAACACUUUUUUGGUUACUACAUGAUUCCAUAUGUGUUAUUUCAUAGUUGUGAUGGCUUCACUAUUAUUCUACAAUGUAGAAAAUAGUAAAAAUAAAGAAAAACCCCUGAAUGGGUAGGUGUUCUAAAACCUUUGACUGGUAGUGUGUGUGUGUAUAUAUAUAUAUAUAUACUACCAGUCAAAAGUUUUAGAACACCUACCCAUUCAGGAUAUACAUAAAUUGCAAACAUCAACCAUAGAAUAUUGUGAACAUGAGCGUGUGUUUGUUUAUGUGUCCAGAUGACAUGCUGAUCAAGCUGUGGGACUGGGACAGGAAGUGGGUGUGUGGUCAGGUGUUCGAGGGCCACACCCACUAUGUCAUGCAGAUCGUCAUCAACCCUAAAGACAACAACCAAUUCGCCAGCGCCUCCCUAGACAGGACCAUUAAGGUACAUACAGUACACACACACACACUACUCUUUGUGCUUGAAGCACUACAGUUGUUGGUUUGAUUAUUUUUAUGUUGAAGUGCUUAUAGUUGUGUAGUGUAUGUUUCAUGAAUUAUAUACAGUUGUUGUAAAUUGUUACCACUACAUUUCAGUAAUACACUGAAGUAUUUGUUGGCCCUUGGCUGUUGCAGGUGUGGCAGCUGGGUUCUUCCACCCCUAAUUUCACUCUGGAGGGCCAUGAGAAAGGAGUCAACUGUAUUGACUACUACAGUGGAGGGGACAAGCCCUACCUUAUAUCAGGAGCAGACGACCGCCUGGUCAAGAUCUGGGACUACCAGGUACACAUGGAUAUAAACAUGUAAACACAGUUGAUGUACACAUGUCACACAGUUUAUAUGCAGAUGUACACAGUUUAUAUACACAUGUACACACAGUUUAUUUGCACACUUUCACACACUCUCAAACACAGAAUGAAACACACACAUAUGCACAGCAUACACACUUUUCAGAUCAGAAAAUACACACAAACUCCACUUGAAGUGUUAUGCGUCUGUACUAGUGAUCAUAUAUAUUGAGUUGACUGAUUCUACGCUAGUCCUCUCCUCUACCUCCAGAAUAAGACGUGUGUGCAGACUCUAGAGGGCCAUGCCCAGAAUGUGUCCUGUGUCAGCUUUCACCCUGAGCUGCCAAUCAUCCUCACUGGCUCCGAGGACGGUGGGUAGUGUAGUGUUUACCUUAUCUCUUUAGAAUGGAAUAACAAGGUGUUUACCUAUGUUAUAACAUAGUAAUAACAUUUUAAAAGUUGUAACAUUGUAUCGUGGUAAUAACAUGGUGUUUUCUUGUCAUGUUGACUAGUUCCUGUCUUCCCUGGAUCCUUUAUGUUUGACCACCCUCUCACAUGUGACUCUCUUUCGCUCCUCCCAUCUUUCGUCUCCUAAUGGACAUACAGGCACAGUGAGAGUCUGGCAUUCCAGCACGUACCGCCUGGAUAACACACUGAACUAUGGGAUGGAACGUGUGUGGUGUGUGUGUGGCCAGCGAGGCGCCAACAGUGUGGCGCUGGGAUAUGAUGAAGGCAGCAUCAUCAUCAAGGUACCAAUUUAUGGAAACUCUAAACUAUACAUCUAGAAUGAUGUGGUGUCAGUGAUCUGAUUAUUAGUAUUGUAGGUAAUCAUAUAGAAUGUUUGUAUUGUUUUUAUACAGCACCAGUUUGAUUCUAUAGGCCUACAUAUCACCCAUGUAUGUCCAAGUUGUAUGUUCAGCUCAAGUUGAAAUAUUAUGAUUUGAACAUCACUCCUUCUCUUCCUCUGUCUCAUCUUCUUCACUCUCUCCCCCCUCUUCUCCCUUUCUCCCCUUAAUCCCCUUCCCCAUCUCCUCCCUCCCUCAGUUGGGCCGUGAGGAGCCAGCCAUGUCUAUGGACUCUAACGGUAAGAUCAUGUGGGCCAAGCACUCUGAGGUGCAGCAGGCCAACCUGAAGGCCAUGGGAGAGGCUGAGAUACAGGACGGAGAGAGGCUGUCUCUGGCUGUCAAAGACAUGGGCAGCUGUGAGAUUUAUCCCCAGACCAUCCAGCACAACCCCAACGGCAGGUCAGUGUGUGCGUGUGUUACCGUGUUUGUGUGUACUAGUUGCUCAUCAAAUGUAAACAAAAAAGUAUAUAUAUAUAUAUAUAUAUAUAUAUAUAUAUAUAUAUAUAUAUGCUAUUUAGCAGAUGCUUUUAUCCAAAGCGACUUACAGUCAUGCGUGCAUACAUUUGUAUGUAUGGGUGGCCCCGGGAAUCGAACCCACAAUCUUGGUGUUACAAGCACCAUGCUCUACCAACUGAGCCUUACAGGAGCAUAAAUGUACAGUAUAUGUGUGUGUGUCAGUGGAGGCUGCUGAGGGGAGGACAGCUCAUAAUAAUGGCUGGAAUCUAUGGAAUGGUAUCAAACGUGGUUUAUGUGGUUGAUACCAUUCCAUUGACUCCAUUCCAGCCAUUACUAUGAGCCAACCUCCCCUCAGCUGUCUCCAGUGGUGUGUGAUCACACACUAACUAAUGUCCGUUGUGUGUGUGUUGCAGGUUUGUGGUGGUGUGUGGGGAUGGAGAGUACAUCAUCUACACUGCAAUGGCCCUGAGGAACAAGAGCUUUGGUUCAGCACAGGAGUUUGUCUGGGCCCACGACUCCUCAGAGUAAGUAAAGUCAACCGCACCCUGACAACUCAUACACAGUCAUCUAUGGACCAUCCACGGUCUAGUAUGGUCAGGCUGACUUAACCGCUGUUGUUUCUAUGGCAGGUAUGCUACUCGGGAGAGCACCAGCAUGGUCAAAAUCUUCAAGAACUUCAAGGAGAAGAAGUCUUUUAAACCAGACUUUGGGGCAGAAGGUGAGACAAACAUAUCAGAUUUGAUCCAGUAUGAACUGACUCCCUCUGUGUGCGUGUGCAUGCAGAUGAUAUGCUGAUGUGUUAUAACUAACUAUAUGUGUGUAUCAUCCCCUGCAGGUAUCCACGGUGGGUUCUUGCUGGGCGUGAGGUCAGUGAGUGGUCUGGCCUUCUACGACUGGGAGAACACAGAACUGGUCCGCCGCAUUGAGAUCCAGCCUAAACAUGUGAGUCAGCUACAGUAUUUAAACUGCUAAUAAUCCACAGUUGAUCUAUAUCAACUUUCAGACACUUGACCAUUUACAGAUUUAUAGCAGGUCCAGGCUGCGCCUAGCUCAGGUCAAGAGGGUGAGAAGCCACCCACAGCGACCCAACCCUCCUCCAACCUCCUCCCCACAGCGACCCAACCCUCCUCUAACCUCCUCCCCACAGCGACCCAACCCUCCUCUAACCUCCUCCCCAUAGCGACCCAACCCUCCUCUAACCUCCUCCCCACAGUGACCCAACCCUCCUCUAACCUCCUCCCCACAGCGAUCCAACCCUCCUGUAACCUCCUCUCCACAGCGAUCCAACCCUCCUCUAACCCCCUCUCCACAGCGAUCCAAGCCUCCUGUAACAUUUUACAUUACAUUUACAUUUUAGUCAUUUAGCAGACGCUCUUAUCCAGAGCGACUUACAGUUAGUGAGUGCAUACAUAUUAUUAUUAUUAUUUUUUUUUCAUACUGGCCCCCCGUGGGAAUCGAACCCACAACCCUGGUGUUGCAAACGCCAUGCUCUACCAACUGAGCUACAUCCCUGCUGGCCAUUCCCUCCCCUACCCUGGACGACGCUGGGCCAAUUGUGCGCCGCCCCAUGGGUCUCCCGGUCACGGCCAGCUACGACAGAGCCUGGAUUCGAACCAGGAUCUACUAGUGGCACAGCUAGCACUGCGAUGCAGUGCCUUAGACCACUUGCGCCAUCCUGGGAGAGUACCCUCCUCCCACAGCAACCAAGCCUCCUCUAACCCAGCAGCGAACCCAACCCUCAUCUAAACCCCCUCUACACAGACGAUUCCAACCCUCCUCUGACCCCCUCAUCCACAGCCAAUCCAAGCCCUCCUGCUAAAACCUUCCCCACAGACAAUCAACCUCAUGGAAAUCCAUCCCACAGCAAUCCAACCCGCCUGUAACCCUACUUCCCACAGCGAUCCAAGCCUCCUGUAACCUUCUCCCCACAGCGAUCCAAGCCUCCUGUAACCUUCUCCCCACAGCGACCCACUCCUCCUCUAACCUCCUGUAAGCUCUCCACCAACCCAUCUCUCUACCCCUCUCCACCCAAUCUAUCCACAGAUCCAACCCUCCUCUAAUCCUCUCCACAGUAUCCAACCACUCUAACCCCUCUCCCAGCGACACCCUACCAACCCCUUCCACAGCGAUCCAACCCUCCUAACGCCUCACCACACACAACCCUCUGUAACCUCUCCCCACCAAUCCAACCCUCCUCUACCCCUCUCCACAGCUCCAACCUCCUUCACAUCACGUGCGAUCCAACCUCUAAAUCUCCAACCUCCUCUAACCCCCUCACACAGGAUCCAACCCUCUCUAACCCCUCUCCACAGCGACCCAACCCUCUUAACCCUCUCCACAGCGAUGCCAACCCUCUCUAACCCCCUCCCACAGGCCACCCCAACCUCUCCCCCAAUCCCACCCCCUCUCCACAGCAAUCCAACCCUCCUGUAACUUCUUAUCCACUGCGAUCCAAGCCUCCUGUAACCCCCCUUUCCACAGCGAUCCAACCCCCUCCCCACAGCGAUCCAACCCUCCUCUAACCUCCUCUCUACAGCGACCCAAUCCUCUUCUAACCCCCUCUCCACAGCGAUCCAACCCUCCUGUAGCCUCUUAUCCACACGAUCCAACCCUCCUCUAACCCCCUCUCCACAGCGACCCAACCCUACCUCUAACCCCCUCUCCACAGCGACCAACCUCUCUAAUCCUCACACACGACCCAACCCCCUCACCUCCUCUCCACAGCGAUCCAACCCUCCUUAACCUCUUAUCCACAGCGAUCCAACCCUCCUCUAACCCCCUCUCCACAGUGCCCCAACCUCUCUAACCCCUCUCCACAGCAAUCCAACCCUCCUGUAACUUCUUAUCCACAUGCGAUCCAAGCCUCCUCUAACCCCCUUUCCACAGCGAUCCAAGCCUCCCUACCCCCUCACAGCGAUCCAACCCUCCUCUAACCCCUCUACACGACCCACGAUCCCAACCCUCUCAACACACCCUCUCCACAGCGAUCCAAGCCUCCUCUAACCCCCUCUCCACAGCGACCCAACCCUCCUCUAACCCCCUCUCCACAGCGACCCAACCCUCCUCUAACCCCCUCUCCACAGCGAUCCAACCUCUCUUCUGACCUCUUCUUCCACAGCGAUCCAACCCUCCUCUAACCCCCUCUCCACAGCGAUCCAACCCUCCUGUAACCUCCUCUCCACAGCAAUCCAACUCUAACCCCCUCUCCACAGCGAUCCAACCCUCCUGUAACACAUCUCCACAGCGACCCAACCCUCCUCUAACCCCGUCUCCACAGCGAUCCAACCCUCCUGUAACAACCUCUCCAUAGCGACACAACCCUCCUCUAACCUCCUCUCCACAGCGAUCCCACCCUCCUCUAACCUCCUCUCCAUAGCAAGUCAACCCUCCUCUAACCCCCUCUCCACAGCGAUCCCACCCUCCUCUAACUGCCUCUCCACAGCGAUCCAACCCUCCUCUAACCUCCUCUUCUUUCCUCAGAUCUUCUGGUCAGAGUCUGGGGAGCUGGUUUGUAUCGCCACGGAGGAGUCUUUCUUUGUGCUGCGCUACCUGGCUGAGAAAGUGGCAACAGCACAGGAGACCAAGGAGGGAGUCACUGAGGACGGGAUAGAGGACGCCUUCGAGGUGAGACUACACUACAUCUAGAGAUUAGAUUCUGGACAAGAGGAUUUAUUUUGUAUUUGUACUGUAACAUUUUCUUCUAUAUCUAUUUCUCUCCCCCUCCCCCCUCUCUCUCUCUAGGUGUUGGGUGAGAUUCAGGAGGUGGUGAAGACAGGUCUGUGGGUGGGAGACUGUUUCAUCUACACCAGCUCAGUCAACAGACUCAACUACUACGUAGGAGGAGAGAUCGUCACCAUCGCCCACCUGGACAGGUAAGACUAUACCUACCUGCUGAGACUGCUACAAACCAUUGACCUGUUCACCUCAAAUUACCUGCUAUGUACUGUACCUGUCAGUCUAAAAUACUGGUGCUAUAUUAACUCCCCUGUCUGUCUGCUAUAGAACUAUGUACUGUACCUGUCGGUCUAAAAUAAUGGUGUUGUAUUGACUCCCCUGUCUGUCUGCUAUAGAACUAUGUACUGUACCUGUCGGUCUAAAAUAAUGGUGUUGUAUUGACUCCCCUGUCUGUCUGCUAUAGAACUAUGUACCUGCUGGGCUACAUCCCUAAGGAUGACCGUCUGUAUCUGGGUGAUAAGGAGCUGAACAUCGUCACUUACUCUCUGCUGGUGUCAGUGCUAGAGUACCAGACUGCUGUAAUGAGGAGGGACUUUGGGAUGGCCGACAGGGUCCUACCCACCAUCCCUAAAGAGAUGAGGACCAGGGUCGCCCACUUCCUAGAGAAACAGGUGAGACUGAGAGGGUGGGUGUAUUUUUACAUUGGUAUGCGUCUUAACGCAUACCAUUUCAGUGAAUGUGUCCUCUCUUCUGUCUGUGUAUCUUUGUGUGUGUAACCCUUUCUCUUAUCUCUAUCUCUCUCUACAGGGUUUCAGGCAGCAGGCCCUGGCUGUGUCCACAGACUCAGAACACAGGUUUGAGUUGGCUCUGCAGCUAGGAGAACUGAAGAUCGCCUACCAGCUGGCUGUAGAAUCCGAGGUAAGACAUCACGUAAAGAGAAAGACUGGGGACAUUUUUGACAAACUGGGAAUUAUAUAGCAGUCUUGGAAUGAAAGGGAAGUAUUGAGAAAUGUAGGGCCAAAUGUGGAUAUUGGGAGACAUAUUUGGAGACCUCGGUAUAAGAUGACAUGAGAAUAACUGUAGUAAAGGGUAUAUCUUAUCAUAUUUUUAACUAAUCAAAAGCAUAGUGAAUAGGGCUUCUGUUUUGUGUUUGUGAUGACUGUCUUUCUAACAUGGCAUACCUGUUCCCUCUCUCUUUUUCCCUCCCUUUCUCUCUCUCUCCACCUCCUCUUCUCCUCUCUCCCUGGCACGGUGCCCUGCAGUCGGAGCAGAAGUGGAAGCAGCUGGCAGAGCUGGCCACCACUAAGUGCCAGUUUGGCCUGGCCCAGGACUGUCUGCACCAUGCCCAGGACUAUGGAGGGCUGCUGCUGCUGGCCACAGCCUCGGGCAACGCCAGCAUGGUGGGCAAGCUGGCAGAGGGGGCAGAGAGAGACGGCAAAACCAAUGUGGCUUUCCUUACCUAUUUCCUCCAGGGGAAGUAAGUGUGUUUAGGGAGAGAAGGGUGUGGGGGUGGAUGUUACAGAGGAAGGUGAGGAGGAGUGAGCAGAGAGUACUGGCCGGUGUUUAGGUUGAACUUUUAUAUGUAUAUCAUCAUCAUGUGGUCCUCUGUAGCUCUGUAGCUCAGCUGGUAGAGCACGGCGCUUGUAACGCCAAAGUAGUGGGUUCGAUCCCCGGGACCACCCAUACACAAAAAAAAAAAUGGCAUAUUAUUAUUAUUAUUAUUAUUAUUAUAUCAUCAUAAUCUGUCAAUACAUUAUUCUUAUCGUUUCAUCAUUUAUAAUUCAUUAUUGGAUCUUGGUGCGCUUUAUAUGUUUAUGAUUUAGCUCUGUAUGUGUCAAUGUCCUUGGUUUCAUCAUUAAUAAUUGUAUCUCCAUAUUUCUGUUCUGUUUAUUCCUUCCAGACUGGACAAAUGUUUGGAGCUCCUCAUUAAAACCAACCGGCUGCCAGAGGCUGCAUUCCUGGCCAGAACGUACCUGCCCAGCCAUGUGUCUAGGUACAGCACUGGCAGGUUGACGUUUAUUAUCAAUAAUCUUGCCCUGGAGGCAGAACUAAGCAAUUUCCACUAGUGGGCCAGCAGUCAUAAUUGGUUAUAUUGUAAAAAUUCAUGAAAACAAAAUCUAGUUUUUUGGUCUUCAUUUAAGGUUAGGGUUAAGCAUUCGUGUUAGCAGUGUUGUUAAGGUCAGUGUUGUUAAAGUCAGAUUUUAUGACUUAGUGGCUAUGCCAGCUAGUGACCACUCCGCAGAGCUACCUCCAGAACAUGAUUCAUGAUGGAAAAACGCUAACCUGCAUAGCACUGUGUGUGUGUCUGUGUGUACUGAUCUCGCUGUGUCUCCAGAGUGGUGAAGCUGUGGAAGGAGAGCCUGGGGAAGGUGAAUCAGAAGGCAGCUGAUGCGUUGGCUGACCCUACAGACUACAGCAAUCUGUUCCCCGGCCUACAGGAGGCCUUCCUGGCCGAAGACUACCUGAAGGAGACCCACGUCAGGCUGAGGCCUGCCGCAGAGUACCCCCUCAUCACCGUGAGUAGAUACACACACACACACACACACACACACAUCUUGGGCAUAUUGUGGCAAAACGAUUGCAACCGUUUUGAUUUUUUUUAAAUGUUUCAUACCUAUUUAACACGACCCUGAUUGAACAUGUUCUUUCCAUCUUACACUGAACAAAAAUAUAAACGCAACAUGUAAAGUGUUGGUCCCAUGUUUCAUGAGCUGAACUGAAAGAUCCCUGAAGUUUUCCAUGCGCACAAAAACCUAAUUUCUCUCAAGUUUUGUGCACAAAUUUGUUUACAUCCCUGUUUGUGAGCAUUUCUCCUUUGCCAAGAUAAUCCAUCCACCUGACAGGUGUGGCAUAUCAAGAAGCUGAUUAAACAGCAUGAUCAUUACACAGAUGCACCUUGUGCUGGGUACAAUAAAUGGCCCAUUGUCGUGCCAUUCAUCCGCCACCAUCACCUCAUAUUUCAGCAUGAUAAUGCACGGCCCCAUGUCGUAAGGAUCUGUACACAAUUCCUGGAAGCUGAAAAUGUCCCAGUUCUUGUAUGGCCUGCAUACUCACCAGACAUGUUUGGGAUGCUCUGGAUCGAUGUGUACGACAGCGUGUUCCAGUUCCCGCCAAUAUCCAGUAAUUUCGCAUAGCCAUUGAAGAGGCGUGGGACAACAUUCCACAGGCCACAAUCAACAAUCUGAUCAACUCUAUGCAAAGGAGAUGUGUCGCACUGCAUGAGGCAAAUGGUGGUCACACCAGAUACUGACUGGUUUUCCUAUCCACGUCCCUACCUUUUUUUAAAGGUAUCUGUUACCAACUGUAUUCCCAGUCAUGUGAAAUCCAUAGAUUAGGGCAUAAUUAAUUUAUUUCAAUUGACUGAUUUCCUUAUAUGAACUGUAACUCAGUAAAAUCUUUGAAAUUGUUGCGUUUUUAUUUUUGUUCAGUAUAGUUAUAUUACUGUAGUGUAUUAGUGACACCUAGUGGUGCAAUACCAGCUGAGCACUAUAGAUACAUGUGAUGCACUGAUGAACUCGCUCAAUGUGUGCGACCACCAGUAAAAUACAUGUCAAGUCAAUACUCUACAGUUACCAUAACUCCUUUGUACCCUCUGCCCUUGUUUUCUAGUCAAAUAAAUAAUAUAAUAAUAAUGCUUAUUAUAAUAGUAUAAGCCUUGUACCUGUACUUGUAAUAGUACUGUUGUAAUACUGUGCUGUUCUACCUCCCCACCUCACUGUUCUACCUCCCCACCUCACUGUUCUACCUCCCACCUCACUGUUCUACCUCUCCACCUCACUGUUCUACCUCCCCACCUCACUGUUCUACCUCUCCCCCACCUCACUGUUCUACCUCCCCACCUCACUGUUCUACCUCCCCACCUCACUGUUCUGCCUCCACUCACUGUUCUACCUUCCCUACUCACUGUUCUACCUCCCCACCUCACUGUUCUACCUCCACCUCACUGUUCUACCUCCCCCUCACUGUUACUCUACCUCUCCACCUCACUGUUCUCCUCCCCACCUCACUGUUCUACCUCCCAACUCACUUGUUCUACCUCUCCACCUCACUGUUCUACCUCUCCCACCUCACUGUUCUACCUCCCCACCUCACUGUUCUACCUCCCCACCUCACUGUUCUACCUCUCCACCUCACUGUUCUACCUCUCCACCUCACUGUUCUACCUCUCCACCUCACUGUUCUACCUCUCCACUCUGCAGCCCAAUGAGGAUAGGAAUGUCCUGGGGGAAUCUGCAGACUUUGUGCCAAAAGUAGUGCCGGCUGAACCAGAGGUAAAGUCUGGAAUCUCACACCUACUGGAAUACUGGACAUGGCCACAGCUGUUGUAUAUAGUACUACUUACAUAACCCCUAGUUUAGACAACCAUUCAGUGUGAUUUGUCAACUUGUCAUUCUCAAUUAAAAUAUGCUACUAUCACUGUUCUAUGUGCAGGAGGUUGCUGGGAGCAUGGAUGAAACCCCUGUAUUGGUAGCAGUGGUAGAAACCCCCGUAAUGGCAGCAGUGGUGGAGGCUGCAGCUCCAGAAGCUCCAGUAGUGGAAGAGUCCAUUGUCAUGGAAGAGGUAGAGCCUGUUGUGGCUGCAGUGGAGGAGUUUAUCCCAGCAGUAGAAGAAUCUAUCCCAGUGACAGAAGUGGAACCAACUAUGGCUGCAGUGGAAGAAUCCAUUGAGAUGGCAGAGGAGGAACCCAUUAUUGUUGAAGUGGAAGCUCCCAAGCCAGAGGAGGCAACAGCAGUGGAAGAUACCAUCACUAAGAUAGAGGUUCUUGUCACCAUAGAAAACGGCACAGAAGCACCCCUCUUGGCGCCAGAGGUAGCACAGUCCACCCCAGAGGAAGAAGUCAUAGCAACACCAAAGGAGGCUGUUGAGGAAGAACCUGCGACAAUGAAGCCCAUAGCAACAGAUGCACCUGUUACCGAGUUGGUCACAGAACCACAGAUUGUAACAGAAGCACCAGUUGCAGAGGCAACAGAAUCAGAACCUGUUACCAUAGAAGCGGUGGUGGAAGUUGAAGCACCCAUUGCCGCAGCAGUACUAGAAGCCAUAGCAACAGAACCCACGGUUACAGAGGAAGUAACAGAACCCAUAGCAACAGAACAAGCACCUGUUACCAUAGAAGUGGCAGUGGCAGCAGAAGCACCCAUUACUGAGGCAGUAGCAGAACCCAUAGCAGCAGCUGAAGAAGCCCCAGUCAUUGUAGAAGAGAAUGAACCUGCUCCAGCCCCAGUCCUAGCCCCAGUCAUAGACCCAACCCCAGUCCUAGCCCCAGCCAUAGACCCAACCCCAGUCCUAGCCCCAGCCAUAGACCCAACCCCAGUCCUAGCCCCAGCCAUAGACCCAACCCCAGUCCUAGCCCCAGCCAUAGACCCAACCCCAGUCCUAGCCCCAGCCAUAGACCCAACCCCAGUCCUAGCCCCAGCCAUAGACCCAACCCCAGUCCUAGCCCCAGCCAUAGACCCAACCCCAGUCCUAGCCCCAGCCAUAGACACAACCCCAGUCCUAGCCCCAGCCAUAGACCCAACCCCAGUCCUAGCCCCAGCCAUAGACCCAACCCCAGUCCUAGCCCCAGCCAUAGACCCAACCCCAGACCUAGCCCCAGCCAUAGACCCAACCCCAGUCCUACCCCAAGUCAUAGACCUUAGUCCUGUCCUACCCCCAGCCCUCGGCUCAACCCCACACAUAGAUAUAGCCCCAGAACCAGUCAUAGACCUAGCCCCAGCCCCAGCCAUAGACCUAGCCCCAGCCAUAGAUCCAGCUCCAAACCCAGCCGUAGAGGACCAGGCUGCAGCAGCCCCAGCAGUAGAGCCCCUACCAGCCCUCAUCCAGGUGGUUCCACCAGGCCCAGAGCCAGGCCCUGCAGCCCCUCUAGCUGCCCCCUUAGAGGGUAAAGGAGUGGAGGAGCCAGCCCCUGCAGCAGUAGCAGUAGCAGCAGCAUCCAUGGACCUGCUGGAUCUGAAUGAUAAAUGGAAUGAUGAGGAGGUAAAGCUAACCAGAGUCUAUACAUCCUGUCAUGACUUACACACUAUUUAGAAUGCUAAUCUAUAUUGGAAAUCACUUUUUGAUGUUUAUUGAUAUUGAACAAUGAUGUACUCUAUAUGAAUGUUAAGGGACAACAAUGUACCAGCGAGGUACUUCACCCUCGCCCACACUGACUCAUCACUCAUAUACAUUGCUUUUCCCUCCAGGGCCUUGACGAUCUGGACCUGGACAACUUUGAUCUGGACGAUGACAUCGACACCACAGAUGUCAAUCUGGACGAUGACUUCUUAGACGACUGA